UCCUCCUUCUUCCUACAGCUUUACCUCGUUCACGGCCUCACUGGACACAUGGACACUGGCGAGGAGGCCCAAAGGAGGCCUUCUGCUCUGCCGUCGGCUCCAAAUCAGGGUACAGAUCCUCCUCCUCCUACACCCGCGUCUGGCGUUCCCACCACCGACCCCGCUCCUCCUCCUCUCGCGCCUCCUGUAUCAGGACAGGAUGCUCCGCCUGUCGAGUCACCCGCUCCUCCCUUUUCGCCCACGGAGAGCACCUCAGGCGAUGCAAGUACCCGCUCUUCUGGCCGUACUGUCAAGCCAUCAUGGCGAGCGACGGGCCAGGUCCCUGCUCCGCUGACGAACGAGUCCCUCGCGUCAGCAGCGGGGGCAGCAAGUGGCUCGGGUCCAUCGUCCCAUCUUCGUCGGGCUUCCACCUCAGGAGCAGCCGCUGCCUCGCCCUCCAUCGCAGUACGGAGUCUACGCAACAGGCAACGCUCCAAUGCCUCCUCAGCUAACACAGGAGCAAGACGGCUCAAGCUGUCCCUCAAGUCGUCUGCUCCGGGCAGGACCUCUCGAGCUGGGCAGCCAAAGACUCAUGCCUACAUGCAAGGAUUCGAAGAUCGGGAGAUGGACAGUAGUGAUGACGAGACGGGAGAAGGAAUGGCAUUCGAAGAACAGCUGAUACUGAGGCUGCCGGAAGGGGAUGUUGCAGAUCGGUUAAAAGAGCGGAUACGGAAGAGGGAGGUGGGCACGGAAGACUCAGAGGAGAUCUCGAUGAAGUUCAAAGACUCCCGCCGGGCCAUGUUCAAAGUCGGCCAGGACAUGUUCUCUGCUCGACUCGUGGAUCUUCCCUCAAUCAUAGAAUCUCACAAGACCCUCGACAAUCGCAAGAUGUUCAAAGUCGGCGAUAUCAGCCAGAUGCUCCUCGCGACCCACAUCAUCCGCGAUGAGAGCGAAGUGACGGCAGAAGUGCAGCCAACCGAGAAGAGGGAGGACGGUCUGAGCGGCCCUGCGGGACAGCACGAUGGUUUCAACGUAGACGACUUCAUCUACCCACACGGCAUCACGCCUCCCAUGCGCUGGGCUCGCAAACGUCGCUUCCGCAAGAGGGCCAAGAAGAAGCAGACGACAGAGACGGUCGAGCAGGAAGUGCAGCGGCUACUAGCCGAAGAUUCCAAGGCUACCAGCACUUCCUUCGAGCUGGUCGAUGCCGCCGAGAUCGACAUGGAGGAGAACGGCGGUGGGGCUGGCGGGCGGGGCAGAGAUGCGGCAGACGGAGCCUCGACCGCUGGCACGCCGUACCCUGACAUGGAUGAUGGCGAAACGGAUAUGGCCUCUCAAAUGGAUGAGGGAGAUGACCGUGGGGACCUCGAUUCUCAAAUGGGUGAAGGCUCUACCUUUGGCGGCGAUGACGAUGUGGAUCUAGAUCUGCAAGCCGAGCUGGAAGCUGCUUUGGGCGAAGAUGACGACGAAGAGGACGUCAGAAGCGAAACAGGCAGCGUUGCUAGUCACAUCCGCAAUGGUAGGAGCCAAAGCAGAGCUGUCAGCGAAGACGAAGACCUCUGGGACGAUGCUGCCGUUGCAGGAGACGGAGACGGCGAUGCCGAUGCGGACGGAGACGCCGGCAAUGCCAAUGGCUCAGGCGACGAAGAAGAGGACGAAGAGGAAGAGGAAGAUCUGGACGAGGAAGUGCGCGAGGAGAAGGCUCGUGAAGACCAGCUCGAGGCUGAAUGUCGCGAGAUUGACUCGCUCUUGCGUCGCAAGCAGGCAGAAGCGGAUCAAACGCUCAAUGCCCUCAUCAAGAAGCGUCAGCUGGACGCACUCAAGCGUCUCACUCACGAGAGGGACGUCAAGAGGAGUCGACUUGCUGCCGUCAAGGAGGAGAGAAAGGAGAGGAAAGAGAGGGAACAAUUGCAGGCGAAUCGGGAGAAGGAGGCUCGACAAGGCGAUCAGGUGGAAGCUCAUCGGAGAGAACAGGAGAGGGAGAGGGACAAUCUUGCUGCUGCCGCUGCUGAAGCCGAGGCCGAGGACGAAAAUGAGCAACAACAGCAGCAGCGCGCCGGUGGAGCCAAAGGCAAGGGAAGCGGUAGUAACAGAACGUCUUCAGCCGCAGAAGCUCCACGGGGCUCUGCCCUCCUCACCCAUGCAGCAGGCGUGGCGGCCAUCUCUUCCGCCUCUUCCGAGAAGCCCUCGUCGCAAGACAUGGACGUGGAUGAAGAGGCGCAGACACCUGCGCAGAGUCACAAUACUGGCAACGACGAGGAUGCAGAGGGUGAUGAGGAGGAGGAUGCAGAAGGGGAGGACGAUGAAGAUGCAGAAGGCGAAGAGGACGAUCUCUGGGCGUAGUUCUAUCACACUAUACGGACUUCAAGCCGUCCGCAUCACCGGUGGCCUUGCAUUGUACUAAUACCAUUCGUUCAAGCUCUGCGUUCCCCUCCUUGUCUUCAUACAAUUAUAGAACCAGCGCCAUCUUUACCCUCCCUCUCUGUGUGCUCUUGUCCUUCUCGACACCAAUCUCGACGGUGCACUUGUCAAAGACACCCAGCUCAAUGUCUUUGGAGAGACCUGAAACGUGAGCCGGUACCUUGACGACGUAGUUCUCGGCAUCGUACUCGCAAUCCUGCUUGAAGGUGAUCAGCCCCUCCAAGCCAAAAGCAUUGACGAAUACCGCUACUCCAUUCCUAAAGGCUCGAAUGACGAAUGCCUCUUC